CACAAACAGUCGCUAUUUAACCGUAAACCAUGUCGAACGCUGAAGAAAAAGCGCGUGAAGUUUUUAAUUCCAUCAUUACGGAGAAAUUUCCGAACGCCUGUAAAGUGAAAAUUAAACCUAUUAGCAGUGGUGGCGCUAAUUAUAGCUCAACUUUAUACGAAGCUUACAUCAUUACUCCUGAAGGUACUCAAGAACUAUUCGCAAAAGUCGCCUCAAUGGGUGACCUUUUCAACGAUACAAGCCAGAAAAUCUUUUACUCAGAAAAGUUCGUCUUGACUAAAAUUGCAAACGCGUACGAAAAAAUACAAGACAAACAUGGGAUAGCAGAAAAAUUUGCAUUCCCAAAAAUUUACAAUCAUGAUCGUGAUGAUAUCCCAAUAGUUGUCAUGGAGAAUCUAGCUGCAAAAGGAUACGGAUGUUAUGAUAGAUUCAAGAGUAUUGAUUGGAAAUAUGCGUCAAAAUCUGUAGAAACUUUAGCCAGAUUCCAUGCUCUUUCUUUUGCAUUAAAGAAAGAGAGUCCAGAAGAGUUCAAACUGGCUGGGGAUAUAUUAAAGUUACCAGAAAAUGGUAUUACAAGUCCUAAAUGGGAAGGAAUUGCUGAUGGGGCGAUGGCGGUUGUCGAUGAAGAAGAUAAAGAAAAACUGGCUAGAGUUCUAGAAGGAGCCGUGGGCUGGAGUAAACUUAUGGAUUUCAGUGAACCUCUUAAAACUUCAAUACUUAUUCACGGAGACUAUCGUCCAAGUAAUUUAUUGCAUAAGGAAGUGAAAGGCGAAUAUCACAUUAUCCCUGUAGACUACCAAACGGUCAGGCUAGGAUGCCCGGUGGCCGAUCUCCUCUACUUCACCUUGAUAGGUUCCGACCAGCAGUUCCGACAGCAACACUACCACCGUCUGGUGGACCACUAUUAUGAGCAUCUGGCUCUGAUGAUGACAAAAUUCGGUCUGAAGCCGGAUGAGGAGUACGGGAUGGAAGAAUUUGAAAGUGACAUAAAAGCGAAACUCCCAAUCGCCCUCGCCGUCGCAGCGACAGUGCUGCCAUUUGUCACAGUAGACGCAGCGAACGCCCCGAACUUCGAGCGCGAGCAGUACGUGCCGCGCGCGAACGAACUGUUCGCCGAACGGUUCCGCGGACUGAUGCACGACUUGAAGCAGUGGAAGGCUAUAUAGAAUACUCAUACUGUUAUCUGAAUUUUAAAUGUUGAGUACCGAAACAUAUUUAAUAAAA